UCCAGUCCGCGCGUGGGGCUCUCGGAACCGGCCGAGCGCUGGCGGGCGCUGCUCCCUCGUCGCGCCUGAGCUCUGAGGAAACUCCUGGCGCGCGCGCGCGCGCGCACACACACAACACACACUCUCGCACGCACGAGAAGGGGGGGGGAGAGGCGAAGCUCUUGUCCUCGGUGCCCUCUGCAGACUCUUUCUGCUUCUGCUGCCGCCGCCGCCGCCGCCUUUGAGCGCAGGAGGAGGACGGUCUGGGCUCUGCUGAGGAAGGAGGAGCAGCUGGCCGGCGCCAGGAAGAAAGAAAGAGGCGAGAGCGGGGACCUUUGGAGAGGAAGAGGGAGCGCGAGCGAGAGGGGCUCCCCUCCCCUUCUCCGCCUCGUUCUCUCCCCCCUUCCCCUUGUCAAGUGCCCUCCCCUCAUCCCUGCGCUGCGGGCUCCCUUAUUCCAGCUUCAUGGGCAAAGUGUGGAAACAGCAGAUGUACCCCCAGUACACCACCUACUACUACCCCCAGUAUCUGCAGGCUAAGCAGCCCAUUGUGCCUGCUCACCCAAUGGCUCCUCCUAGCCCUAGCAUCACCAGCAGCAAUAACAACAGCAGCAGCAGCAGCAACUCAGGAUGGGAUCAGUUAAGUAAAACAAACCUUUACAUCAGAGGGCUGCCUCCAAACACCACUGACCAGGACCUGGUAAAACUAUGCCAACCAUACGGGAAAAUUGUAUCAACGAAAGCUAUUUUGGAUAAAACAACAAACAAAUGCAAAGGUUAUGGUUUUGUAGACUUUGAUAGUCCAGCAGCUGCUCAGAAGGCAGUAUCUGCUCUGAAGGCCAGCGGAGUUCAAGCACAGAUGGCAAAGCAACAAGAGCAGGAUCCAACUAACUUAUAUAUCUCCAAUUUGCCACUUUCAAUGGAUGAGCAAGAGCUUGAGAAUAUGCUGAAACCUUUUGGCCAAGUUAUCUCUACAAGAAUACUUCGUGAUUCCAAUGGCACAAGUCGCGGAGUUGGCUUUGCAAGGAUGGAAUCAACAGAAAAAUGUGAAGCUGUGAUUGCUCAUUUUAAUGGAAAAUUCAUUAAAACACCACCCGGGGUUUCUGCUCCUGCAGAGCCUUUGUUGUGCAAGUUUGCAGACGGAGGCCAAAAAAAGAGACAGAAUCAGAACAAGUAUAUACAGAAUGGACGAGCGUGGCAUAGGGAAGGCGAGGUGAGACUUGCUGGGAUGACGCUCACUUAUGAUCCAACUACAGCUGCUUUACAAAACGGAUUUUAUCCUUCACCAUACAGUAUUGCAACAAACAGAAUGAUUACUCAGACAUCUAUCACGCCAUAUAUUGCUUCGCCAGUUUCCACAUACCAGGUGCAGAGCCCUUCUUGGAUGCAACCUCAGCCCUAUAUAAUGCAGCAUCCUGGAGCUGUAUUAACUCCUUCCAUGGACCACACCAUGUCCUUGCAGCCCACGUCUAUGAUAAGUCCCCUGACACAGCAGAUGGGUCACCUUUCAUUGGGCAGUACUGGAACAUACAUGCCUGCCACAACAGCUAUGCAAGGAGCUUAUAUACCCCAGUACACCCAUGUUCAGACAGCUGGUGUUCCAGUUGAGGAAGCCAGUGGUCAGCAGCAAGUUACAGUAGAAACAUCCAGUGAUCAUUCUCCAUAUACUUAUCAGCAAAACAAGUAACUGAGAGAUAUGUGGUGUUGACCUUGCCUAGAGAAAGGAUGCUGAAAAGGCUGAAACAAUCAUGGAUUUUACUGAUCAAUUGUGCUUUAGAAAUUAUUGACAGUUUUGCACAGGUUCUUGAAAACGUUAUUUAUAAUGAAAUCAACUGAAACUAUUUUUGCUAUAAGUUCUAUAAGGUGCAUAAAGAAAAGAAAAAUCCUUAAAAGUCAUCCUAGUAGCUGUUCCCUCCCCCUCUUGAACAGGUUUAUUUUAGUAAGAAAAUUUUUAUCAAGUGUUAUGACGCAAAAAAAAUAAAAUAAAUUUUAAAAAAAAAUCUGGCCAUGCACAGAUCGCAAUGGAGACAUGUUCUUGUGCAUGACAGAAUCCGUCUCUCGGUUUUUAUUUUUAUUUUGUGUUAAUUUUUUUUAAAAAAUGGUGUAAGUUUUUGUUUUUUGAAGUUUAAACUAGUAAAACAUCCAUGCUGAUGUUCUGUGCUUGCUGUGUGAGUGUCGCUAUAGUGCAGUGUUGCAGUUGUAGUGUCUGUUUUUCAUAGCUUUCUGGGGUUAUUUUUCUUUUCUUUUAAGGUAGUGUGAAGUGUCUUAUCCUUUUUCUAUGAAUUCCAAUUUGCCUUAACUCUUUUAAUGCUGUAGCUGUUUCAGUACGUAGUCCAAACUAAUGGUGUAGAAUGCUUUUGACCAAAUGAGCUGGUCUAUUAUGCCUUGUAAAACAGCGGGAUUAGGGCUUUUAAGAGGUAGUCAAUUAAAAUUGCUGAAAAAAAAAUCUGGCUUUUUAAAAUGUGUAGUAGGUGUUUUUAAUUAUUUUUUUUCUCACAUAAUGUAAGGUUGUGAAAUGCAAGAUUUGGGAGGGGGCAGGGAAAUGUUUUGUGUGAAACACAUUUUCGACUAGGGAAAUUUUAAUAGGAUAAAUUGUUUGUAAGGCCUUAUGCCGAUAGUUUUCCUCUGAUAGUUAGAAACUCUGCUGUAUGAUGCAAUGUUUAAAAAAAAUCUUUUUGCCUUUUUCCAGAAGCUAAUUGAUGUUCUAGUUUUAGGGUGGGGGAGGGGAGUUUGGGGUGGGAAAUCUGCAGAAUGUUUCUGUCCUUCCUUUCUCGUAACAAUAGUGCUUUAGAAUGAUGAUGCUAUGCUGAGACCUAGCAAAUAGAAGCAUUUGCUCUUACAGCAAAAAAGGCAAAAGCUAAAGGAAUUGUUUUCAAACAUAAGCUGAGAUGUCAGUAGAAAACGUACUAGAUUGGGUACUAGCUCUCUAUAUUAGGUAAAUAAAGACUUGGCACUUUUUAAAGGUAACUUUACCAAAGAACAAAGAGCCAGUAACCAAUAAUUCUGAUUUGUCUCAGCCAUUAUGUCUUCUGUACUCUUUAAUUUUUUUGCCGGACCAGUUUGCGGUUAGAAGAAUGUGCCUUUUUUUGUACAUUUGCAUUUAGGUUUUAUAAUUUUUAAUUGAUGUAUGGACACACACAAAAAUAAAAAGCAUGAAGGAAGACUUGGAUCCAAGCAGUGCCACGCUUUACAUCAUCACUACAAGUGUUAAGUGUAAAGAUUUUAAAAAAAAACAAUUUUGAAACUAUGAAAUUCCUGAUUUCAUGAAUACACUGUUAUUUGUACUUUUUACAUAUUAGAUAAACUCACUGCUAUUAAAGCUCAUUUUUUAUUAUGAUCGCAUGUAUAUUAAAUCAAAUGGUAAAUUAAGUUGUCUUCCAAAACUGUGUACUUGUCUGGUCAACUGUGUGUGAUCAGUUAUCUACCUCAAGGCUUAUUUCCUUUUGUAAUGGGACAGGUUGCUGGCCCUCCCUGUUUCCACAGACCAAAUCAUCCUAGCUCAGGAGCUAGGCCGAAGCAAUUCUUUCUUUUCACUUUUUUUUUUUUUAGUUUUUAAAUUUUAUGUGAGUAUUCAAGUACAGAUGUCAGUGACAUUUCAUAGUUUCAAAAGUCAAUGCUGCUCUGAGAAGUGUAGAUUCUAGUAAAUUACAUAGUCAUAAGAGAUGUGUUUUUGUUUCUUUUGUAUUUUGUUGUUUUUUAAAAAAGAAAAAAAAGUUGUGGUAUUAUUGGUUCUAUGCUCCCUGGAAUAUUACUGCUUUGUUAAAGUUCAGACGUCUUGCAACAUGUUUCCUAUAGCUGAUAUAUUUCUGGGAGUUGGGGGCAAGGGUUGCUUGCUAUUUGAUAUUUUUUUCAAUUAGCUAAAAAUCGGGUUAGAAGGAGGGAAUAGAUGCUGCUAGAAACGUCUGAACUAAGUGCCAUACUCAUUAUCUGGGUAAGAUUUGCAAAAUAUAACCUCUGUACAUAAAAAAAAAAUCAAUUACUUAAACAUCACAUAGUAGACAGCCAUUAAAUUAUAAAAAAAAUAAUUUAUGAAGAAAGACCUUUUGUACAGAUUGAAAAAAAAGAUUUUCAUAGAGAUAUCUAUAUGAUCAAGAGAGUUAAUUUUUUAUUUUUGUUUUACUAGUGCCACAACCUUGCCAGUGGUAACUUAUUUGUCCGGUUCAAGAUAACUCUGUCAUUUUGUUUCCUAGGACUUGUUGUUAAAAUGCCAAAAGACAUUUUUGAACUGUACAUUUGAUUAGAUUGUUAGCUUUUUUCUGUUUUAUUUCUUUUGAAAACUUUUGAAUAAAAAAGAUCAAAAAAUGAAA